AUGCUGUCCAGACCUUCCCUCUCGGCGUUUCACCUCUCACACGAGAUUGAUCGUGGUGCUAUGGCGGCUGAACAACGACGUGUUGGAUGCCCUGGCGACGGGUCUGUUAACAGUCUUCAAUUAGUUGACGUCCCAUUGACCACCGGCACUGGCACAAUCCUUUGUGACGUAUCGACUCAUUUUCAUCGCCCUUAUGUGCCUGCCUCGAUGCGUCGAGCUGUUUUUCAAGCUCUCCACGGACUCUCCCAUCCUGGGAUUCGAGCCUCACAGAAGCUCCUCGCGGAAAGGUUCGUAUGGCCUGGGUUGAACAAGGAUGUGAAAGCUUGGACACGAUCGUGCCCUUGCUGUCAACGUAACAAGGUUCAACGCCACAACAAGUCUCCAUCGGGCACGUUCCCCAGCCCCGAUGCACGGUUCAACCAUGUGCAUUUAGAUGUCGUAGGUCCUUUACCUCCAUCCAAUGGCUAUACUCACCUUCUCACCUGCGUUGAUCGCUAUACCCGUUGGCCGGAAGCCAUUCCGUUACCGAAUGUGCAAGCUGAGACCAUUGUGAAAGCCUUCGUCAGUCGUUGGGUCGCCAUAUUCGGUGCGCCAUCCAUGAUUACGACUGAUCGAGGCGCGCAGUUUGAGUCCACACUUUUCCAAUCUCUCCUCAACUUCCUUGGCUGCACACGUAUUCGGACGACGGCCUACCACCCAGCUGCCAACGGCAUGGUUGAGCGUUUCCACCGCCAGCUAACAACUGUACUGCGUGCCGCAGAAGAUCCCGAAAACUGGUCAGACAAUGUACCCGUUGCACUUCUUUGCAUUCGUGCGGCACUGAAGUCAGACUUGGACUGCAGCGCAGCCGAAUUGGUUUUCGGCACUACCCUCCGACUCCCUAGUGAGAGGGUCACCCCAACCUCUCGUGGUGCCGAAGAGACCCCCGAAAGUGUUGUGCAUCGUCUGCGACAAUUCAUGCGCUCGCCUUCCCCGGUUCCACCUCGAGCUCCAUCAACCGAGCCUUAUUUGAAAAAGGCUUAG